UCAGUGAAUAUGAGCUCAUCAAAGUUGUAUAAUUAUACAACUAGUCAUUGACACACAUUAGCUCUGUAGACUUCUAUGAAAACAGAACUGCACCUGCUGGACCCUUUUUGGGACAGUUUAGUAAUUUGCCUGCAGGCGUGGACACGGAUAGUUGAGCUCGUAUGGGGUUGGCUGUAAAGUGGUUUCAUACGAGUGACGUGUACACUUUUGAAGAGCUUUGCACAUUGUGUGUAUUCUUAUUGCUGCAAAUCUAUCAGUAGAUGUUUUUUAAAGCAUCACUGUCUGACAAUGAAAAGAGCUUCAUCAAGACCUCAACAACUCAAAGAGCAGCUCCUUCAGGCCAUCGAUGCUCAAAAUAACCAGAUACAGAACAUGAUGGUUGUGUUGGACGUGAUAUGCUGUUUGGAAAGGUACCCCAUGACUAAAGAGGCUCUAGUGCCUUGACAAUCAACAUGUGGGAUCGGAGAGGAAGAAGGAAAAUACUCAAGUGAUCGCAUGACUCCUAUCUUGUCCCUAACUGGUGGAAUUGAUGGUGUUACAACCAUCCCCGGUCUCCCAUAUUAAGAAACCAGGCUUGGAAAGUUGAUCAAUGAUGUGAGAAAAAGAAGCACUGACAAAGAUCUUGUUAAACGUUUAAAAAAUCUCGUACGGAGUUGGCAGAGCCUGGUUGGAGUAAAUGAAGCCGCGACAAAAGGGCUCUCAAGCUCUGUGGAUUCAAUUCCCGCUGAACGUAUUCCUGUAUCAGCACAAACCCUCACGGAAAAUUACAGCAGAACUCUUUUCCACAAUAACAUGAGCCAGAGGGAUGAAAUGUCUCAGGGUUCUGUACCAGGCAAAAACAUUUUUAGAAAGAGUAAAAUACCCAUCCGUGCCAUCAGACCAUAUUCCUCGUCCAUCAAGAAUUUACAACAGUUCACGAGCUUGAGACCAUCUCUGUCCAAUCAGCAUUCCCAAGAGCAGCACAAGUCCCAAAGACAUGACACCUCAGUCGGUCGCAGUGACACAAAGCACCUUAUGGUGGCCGAGGAACCGCCACAAUCCACCUGCGUUACUUCUAGUCUACCUUUAAAUUCCUCCAUCCAAGAUUCAUACGUAAAGAUGCAGCAGCCUUCAGACCUCCUCAACAUACUCAAACCUGCUACGCUGAACGUUAACCUCCAUGAGGUCUCCAGCACAGUGACAGACAUGAGGACUUAUGAGGACACGAAGAAUCAGCAUAACAAUCACACUGUCAAACUCGACGGACGUCCUGCAGAGGACAAUACCAAAACUACACAACAGCAAGCAGGCAAACUAACAUAUGACCCUCAUACUCGACAAAUCAAACCUAUAUUAAGCAAAACAUCUGAUUGUCAGAGAUCAACAGGAAGUGAAAUCCAAGGCAGUGAGCGUCUGAAACAAAACCUUUGCUUGGUCCAACAGACAAACUGCAGGGAGAUGUCACAAUAUAAGAUGAUUCAGAAUAGCUUGCCAACUUCAGAAAGAUCAAGAAUGGACUUUUCUGUGGCUGAGAAAUUCAAGCAAGAGAAAAAUUUAAAAGUCUACAGAAAAGCACAUGCGUUUAUACCAGAUUUCCCUGUCACAGACCUUCCUGGGGUCAGCCGAGAGAUCACAGAGCGAGACCUGGUCAGGAUACGCAGUCAUCGAUGGCAUGGUGUGAAUGGCUGCUAUGAUAAUAGAAAUAACUGGUACGACUGGACUCAGUCCAUAACCCUGGAUCCAUAUGGGGAUGGGAGUAAACUUAAGAUCUUGCCUUAUGUUGCCAUAGAUUACAGACUUUGAGACUGUAAAGGCGUGUUUCUUAAAAGUGGAUACACAACUAUUUUAGACCUUGUUGUGCUUCUCAAUUCUUUGUGAUUAGUACUAUGAAACCUCUGUCCUGACUUUUAACAAUGCACCAAUGACAUGAUACAUUUUUAAAAUAUUAUAUGCAUCUAGAUUAUUUAGAGCAUUGUUUUCAGUAUAGGAAACAGACAAAUGAACUAGAACGAAUCUACAGUUCCUAAAUGUCUCCUGUAGAUGGCAGAAGUUACCUACAAUUUCUCAUCUGUACAGAAUAAUAAAAGCACCCUGGCCUUGGCUUUCAUCCAAGCAAAACUAUUUUAACAAGGAUUUUAUAGUGUUUUCAUCUUAUUUAUAAUAACAUCCUGUAGUACGUUUUUAUAUGACUUUUUGUAUUACACUUUUCUGCAGUUGAUGACUUACAUAGGCCUAAAACUUUUUAUAACGUCUUAAAUAAUUAUUUACAUUAUAUAUGUAGCCCCUAAAAGGGCCUGUGGUGAUGGGAAAAAAUAUUAUAUAUAACUGGCAAACCUUUUGGAAAUGCAAUCUUUUGCAAAAAGCAUUGAAUUUUUCCUCCCGUAUUUUAAAUCUCCCGCAAUAAUAAUAAUACACAUAUUUUAUUUAUUUAAUAAAAACAAGAUAUACAGUUAACACAAAAAUAUAUUUACUACAGUUACUAUACAACCAUAAUAAAUUAAUAUGGGAACUCCUUCAGACAGUGUAAGGAGCUUAAUUUUUGAUGACCGUGGUAGCUAAAUACCAGUUUUACUGUUGAGUUACACUAUUAAAUUGAUUUGUACGGUAGUUGGGAAUAAUAUAUAUUACACUUGUUUACAUUUUAAG